UUUUCACGUAGAAAUGAGAAAAGUUGUAUUAUUUUUUGCUCGCUUCCUCCCAAAAGUCACAAGUAGCCAAUAUGGCUGCGCACUGUGGCCCCCACCCUUAUCAUGUACUGUCAAACUUCCAGUCGCAUAUAAGAUACAGUAACAUUAAAACCGGUAGUAUCUAGUAUUAUUUAUAUCCAUCUUUAUUGUCUUUUAACAUUUCUCGAUAUUAAUUGGAUAAUAUGAUACAUUUAUGUUACAAAUAUCUCCCUUGAAAACAUCUGUUCAUUUGAAUGUCAGGUGCGUUCGUAAUAUUGUUCAAUGGCGAAUCGGUGACGUUCAAACAUCAAACUACAUUAAUCUACACGUGAUAACAUGUUUAAAUUCCAUUUUCAAAUCAUUUACUUUAGCCUAAAUUUGAAUCGAUAUAAAGAAAUAAUUACUGGAUAUUUAAAAGAAAUUUUUUAGUAAUAACAACAUAAUUAGUCAAUGUACCUUGCUUAGGCUAAUUGAGUAAGAGGUGAGGACAAAAAAAUCAAUUUCCACAUUCACUAUUCAUCAUAAGCAUAUUGAAUAUAUCAUAAUGGGAAAAAUUAAAGUAAAAGUUGAUGUGGAUUAUUCAAUUAUUAUAGAGAUGUGAAGAAAAAUGUGAAAAUAGUUGUGUAUGAGCAAAAACCAUAAUUAUGUUGAUAAACAAUAUUGAAAUUUCUUCAUAUGAUUAAUAGUUAAGAAUCUAGUAGUAAAUCAUGGAUUAUGAUUACAUGUCAUUUCAUAGAGAAAAAGAUGUUCAUAACAAAUGCUAUGGUGGAAGAUUAUGGUGUAUAAAAGAUAUAUGUGGAAUUAUAUGUGCAGUUUUAACAUGGUUAUUAAUAAUUUAUGCAGAAUUUGUAGUAAUGGCUGUUAUUCUUAUUCCUACAAUAAAUACUUUAUACUCUAGUUUAAACACUGCAAUAUUUCAGUCAUUAGCUUUUUUAGCAUUUGCAUCUCAUUUAAAGACAAUGUUUACAGAUCCUGGUGCUGUUCUAAAAGGAAAUGCUACAAAGGAAAUGAUAGAACAAAUGGGAUUUAGAGAUGGACAAGUCAUUUUUAAAUGUCCUAAAUGUUGUUCUAUUAAACCUGAUAGGGCACACCAUUGUUCUGUUUGCCAAAGAUGUAUUAGAAAAAUGGAUCAUCAUUGUCCAUGGGUUAAUAAUUGUGUUGGAGAAAAUAAUCAAAAAUAUUUUGUACUUUUUACUUUCUAUAUAGCAGGAAUGUCAUUGCAUUCUUUAUUCUUAUGUAUACAACAAUUUGCUACAUGUGUAAGACAGGAAUGGAAAGAAUGUUCUACAUUUAGUCCACCUGCAACAGUGGUAUUAUUACUUUUUUUGGCUUUUGAAGCCCUCCUAUUUGCCAUUUUUACAGUUGUAAUGUUAGGAACGCAAUUACAAGCAAUUUGGAAUGAUGAAACUGGUAUUGAACAACUUAAAAAGGAAGAAGCCAGAUGGGUUCGUAAUAGUAGAUGGAAAUCUAUUCAAGCUGUAUUUGGAAGAUUUUCCAUUGCUUGGUUUUCGCCGUUUACUUCUCCUCCAAAAGGAAAAACAAAGCAAGAUUCUUAUUUAUAUUCCGUAUAAUAUGUAUUACGGUUUAUGGUUGAUUCCCAGGGAUAUUUAAUAUUUUUAAAUAUAAAAUAAUUAUGACGUAUCAUGUACAAGUGAAUAGAAUAUUUGUAAUCUUAUAUUGUUACCUAACAUUCUUAUUUUAUUGCGACCAUUUUUUAAAGACUUACUUAUAAUGUACUACAUUAUAUGUAGUACAAAUAUAUUAUAGUUAAAGUAUGUAAAUUUAUAAGCAUACGAUAUAGUAUGUGUCUUGUAAAGCUUCUUGUGCUAAAAUAUUGAAAUUAUUAUAUUGCGGUAAUGACAACGCUGAGCUAAUUUUUAUCUAUGAUAAUAUCGACACUAAACUAGACUCGUAAACUGAAAUUUGUUUAUUGUAUUAAUAUACACAUUACAUCGUAGAAAUUAAUAUACAAUGAAACUAUGCGAUUGUAUUAUAUGUGAUUGAAUAUAUGUACAUGACAUUAGUUUA